AUGAUGCACGAAAGUGGCACUGGAGGAGCACCAAAGUAUGGCAUCGUCCCACAAAUGCCAUUGACCACUCUCGAUGGAGUCAAUGUUCUUGAUAACACUACCUACUGGCAAUCACGAGUUGUCAAUGAUACAGCUUCUGUAGGCUACUACGCGACCAAGCUCGAGAGUGGUGUUGGUAUUUCUUUGAGUGCUAGUCGCCAUGCUGGCAUUAUGCAAUACGACUUUCCAGCUGGAGAAAAGCACGUUCUGGUCGACAUCUCGCACUACCUGCCAUCUGAGAACGGUGGAAGCAAUGUUCAGUUCUACAUUGGCGGUGCGAUCGAUUUGCAACCAGGAGGCAAGCUGUACACAGGCUACACGAGUAUCGGCGGAGGAUUCAGCGAGAGUGCACCAAUAACUGUCUACUUCUGUGGUGAAUUCGACCAGCCACCUGACCAAGCAAAUACCUUCAGCGGACGAUUGACAGAUCCAAUACAGCGCUACCAUACGUGGUCUGACGGUCCGGUCCCACAAGCGACUUUCGGCAACCUGAGUGAAGUCGCCGGACCUCUCAACAAUCGUGUCGGUGCUCUUUUUACCUGGAGCAAUGCCUCUGUCUCGACGGUGAAGUCCAAAGUCGGCAUCAGUAUGAUAUCUGCUGAUAUGGCUUGCAACUUCAAGAAUGAGGAGAUUCCAUCUUGGAACGUGAAUGACACUGUCACCGCCGCAGUACAAGAAUGGAAUCAGGAUGUGUUUAGCAAGAUUCGUGUACCGACCGACUCAUUUCAGAAUCGGACCAACCUAGUGCUGCUAUACUCUAGCUUGUACUUCAUGCAUCUCAUGCCAUCUGACAGGUCCGGUGAGAACCCUCUAUGGUCCAACGACGAGCCAUCCUGGGACGAUUUCUAUACGCUGUGGGAUAUAUUUCGCUGUACAACAUCACUGUAUCACCUCAUACAGCCCGAAUACUACCAGAGUAUGGUCCGCAGCAUCAUCGACAUCUGGCGCUGGGAGGGAUAUAUGCCGGAUGGUCGGAGUGGCAAUUACAACGGUCUUGUACAAGGUGGCAGCAAUGCUGAUAAUGUUCUUGCGGAUGCCUAUGUCAAGAACCUGCCUGGUAUAAACUGGACGCAAGCCUAUCAGGCGAUGCUUAAGGAUGCAGAGGUGAUACCAUAUAACACAUUCAGCUUUACAGACCCGACGGCAAGUGUGAAGGAGGGGAGAGGUGCACUGGGGGACUGGAAGAAUCUUGGUUAUGUCAGUGCCGACGGUAACACACGAGCACUGUCUCGAUCAGUCGAGUACGCUCUGAACGACUUCUCGGUAUAUCAGGUUGCGAAGGGUGUUGCUCCGAACGACACACAGAAGUAUCUGCAACGAUCAGCACAGUGGCAGAACACCUGGUCCCACAACAUGACCCACAGGAACUUCACAGGCUUUCUCGCACCACGCCUCUCGACUGGCGAGUUCAACUUAAGCGACUAUAACCCUGCCCUCUGUGGUGGCUGCGAAUGGUCUUCAAUUACCUACGAAGGUACACCCUUUGAAUACUCCUUCACCGUCCCGCACGACAUGGAAUCGCUCAUCCAGUUCAUGGGAGGUUCUUCGGAAUUUGAGCGAAGGCUAGACUACAUUUUCAUGCCCAACACAUCCGAGCAGAACCUUGGUGCCAACGGUGGUGGGAUCACGACGCUGAUGAACAUUGGUAAUGAGCCUGACUUUGCGACACCUUAUGAGUACAAUUAUAUCUCGAAGCAGUACAAGAGUGUGCAGCGUGCGAGAGAGCUGGCUAAUCAAUACUUCCACGAUGCAAACUAUGGUGUACCCGGCAAUUCUGACGCUGGUGCAUUGAACUCGUGGCUGAUUUGGCAGAUGCUCGGUCUCUAUCCUGUUGUUACCCAACCGGUCUAUCUGAUUCAAUCACCUUGGUUCGACGAUAUCAACAUGACUAUCAACGGCAACGCAACUCUCCGGAUUACAGCCACCGGACUUGAUAAUACCAAUAGCUACUACGUCCAGUCGGCCAAAGUGAACGGCAAGCAGACUGAUCAAAACUGGCUUUUGCACGAUGAUGUGAUGGUCAAUGGUGGCACGAUUGAGUUCGAGCUUGGAAGCCAGCAGACGAGGUGGGACACUGGUGCCGCACCGCCCUCUCCAGGACAUUUGGUAUUGUAA